AUGGAUGGCGACAUCACCCAAGCAAGCGGCAACAUCAACACACAGGAUGACUUCCAGAUCAGAGGCGCCGUCACUCGAGCACCACCCCAAACAGCCGCCAAAACCAGAAGCCAAGAUGCGUGCGCCAUCUGUCUCGAGGCCAUCACCGAACGAGCAGUCGCCGUACCUUGCAACCACCUGACCUUCGACUUCCUCUGCCUCGUCACCUGGCUUCAAGAACAGUCUACAUGCCCACUAUGCAAGAGCAGAAUAACAAAGGUCGAAUAUGACUUUCGGAGUCCCGAAGACUACAAGACAUACCACGUGCCCGUAGAGGACACACGCAGCCGCAAUGCGCGCACUUCUCAACACUCACGGCCUGCGCAUCUCAACCCGAGACCCAGACGGCGUCCAGUCGCCCAGCAGACUCAGCCCUCGACAGACCAGUCCCUCGACCGUCGCCGUCACAUCUAUCGCAACCGCCUGUACUCCCUCCGCGUAGGAGCGAACCGCAUCUCUCAAUACCGCGAUUUCACACAGCAGAGCUUCACCACCUCUCCCGAACUCCAAUCGCGCACGCGCACCUUCCUCCGCCGCGAACUCCAAAUCUUCUCCUUCCUCGACGCGAACCCGCGAGGUGGCAAUCGUGACUUUCUCGUCGAGUACAUUGUCGCCAUCCUCAAGACGAACGAGUUGAGAGGCGCGGAUGGCAAGACGGAAGAAUUGCUCAAAGACGUCCUUGGGUUGGAGAAUACACGACAGCUGUUGCAUGAAUUGGAAGCUUGGUUGAGGAGUCCGUAUGUGCAUUUGAGGGACUGGGAUGGUCAUGUGCAGUACGCGGAUCGAAGGGAUACCUCCAAAUGA